AUGACGACGGCGACUGAGACUAUCUCCGCCGCGAUAAAUCAGAUUGAUGAGAAGAAGGAACAGUUAAAGAAAGCUUUCGACGAUCUUCAAGCUCAUCGAUCUCUCCUUUCACCGUCUUUCUCUCUUUCCUGGUCUGAGAUCGACUCCCACUUCUCCUCUCUCCAAUCCUCCCUCUCUAACCGAUUCCGCCUCCUCCAAUCAGCAUCUCCUGUGAAAGAUGAUUCGUCUAGACUCGAAACUUCUGAUCCAGAGACAUCUCCGGAGGAUCAUCAACCCGUUGUUGAGCCGGAGUUGAGAACGUUGUGUGAGAAUAAUGACGGAAUUGGUUUGACAAAGUAUUUGAUCCGUCGUUGGGAUGAUGAUGCGCCUAUGAACCUCGAGGCUUCUGCUGCGAUUCGCNGAUUCUACAGGAAACCAAGACAUGAUUCAACUAUGGCUCGCGCCGGUGAAAAUGGGACUGAACUAAAAGAUUAG